GUGCACACAAUUUGAUAUUGAACACUGACAUAUGACAUCAAGAACAGCCAGGAACGCCUCUGUUAGGAGGUCUCACAGUGAACUAGAAAGGGUGUGACGAUGCAAUUACAUCAGUUCUUCCAACUAUUAUUUGUUUACAAUCAACCUUCCAAUACAAUGCGACGAAAUUACCAAUAUCAACUCUCUACAUGUAUCUAUCUGGUAAUUCUCGUGGUUCAUGGUGAUAUUUUCGUGUUGUCUUCAUGAAAGUCUUUCAGAUUGAAGAAAGGAAAACCAAUUUGCUGCCUUUCUGUGUUACAUACCCCGUAAUUGAACAAUUCCAGCUCCGGACAAUCUAUUUCGCUUUCAUUAUCGCAUUCCUGUCCAGAUACUCUCUAGAUUCUUUCAGAUACAUGACCCUAAAAUUUCCAGGAUGCUGCGAAACACACGAUCUCUCUUUACUAAACCUCUUCCAAAAGUUGCGGCCCAAAGAGCUCCAACUUCACCAUUACUACUAGAUUUACAACAUCGAGUAGCAAUUAGAGCCACGACACCCAGCUUAGUUCUCCCAAGAGGGCACAUUUCUCACUUCGUUCUACCGGCACAGAGAGCUACUUACUCUACUAAGACGCCAAGCGGCCUCCAGUAUAAGAGAGAUCCCCAAGAAGAAAAGAAGUUUAGCGAGCAGAAGCUUCAUUCGGACCCAAAGGCGGUGACUUCGGAAUCGAGCGUUCGCCAUGUAUAUGAACCUAGUAGUAGUCAAGAAGAGAAACCCAUUGGACAUGGCGUUAAGGAUGAGCUAGAAACCGUCAAGGAGACAUUUGCGCUCACGGAUGUUCCAAAAGAACCCUACGUGCUAGGCCUCGCCGGUACUUUGCCUUAUCUUGCGACCUCGAUAUCCACAGUCUACCUCUCAUGGGAUCUGAACACGGAGUGGCCAUCCACAUCUAACUUCGUCAAUAACAUCUUAAUAAAUCAUGAUACGGCUCGCGACUUACUAAGUGUCAUCGAGCCUAUACAAUUGGGCUAUGGUGCUAUCAUUAUCAGCUUCCUUGGUGCUGUCCAUUGGGGUAUGGAGUAUAUGGAGAAGGCACCCAACCCACAGCGUACGCGGUUUCGGUACGGGCUUGGUGUUUUGGCACCUAUAGCAGCCUGGCCUACCUUACUGAUGCCGAUGGACUUUGCCCUGACAUCCCAGUUUGCCGCUUUUGCCAUGUUGUAUUUCGCCGAUUCUCGAGCUACCGUCCGAGCUUGGGCACCAUCGUGGUACGGAACAUAUCGGUUCGUCUUGACGGCUAUCGUAGGCGCUGCCCUCGUUAUAAGCCUCAUUGGUCGAAUGAAACUUGGCGAUGCUAAACCGAGGCUCACUGGCCUAAGCGAGAAGUUCCACGAACGUGGGCGCGAAGAGAACUACACGAAGAAAUGGGAGGAGCUCGAGGAGAAGGAGAGGGAGAAGAUACAGAAAGAGAAGGAAGCCGCUAAGGAGAAAGAGAAGAAAGAAAAGGAAAGAGAGGCUAAGGAGCGUGCUGAAAAUGAGAAUCGCGAGAAGAGCAAGGAGAAGGGUAAGGACGACAAGAGUAAAGAUGACAAGAGUAAGAAUGACAAGGACAAUGAUGGGAACCAAGAAGAGAAGCAGGAAGAUGGAGAGGAAGGGAAUGAAAAAUAAUGAUGAUGAAGGAAAUAACGAAGUGGCCUGCAGACAGAAAUUUUGUUGGAAUUGGUAGCAUUUGAUGAAGGCGAUCAUGGGGUUAGGAAUCAAAGUUACCUAGGUAAUUGAGGGGGUCUUGCGUUUACUUUCCUACCUAGGUAGGCACUGCAUUCAAGAAGUUUAUAUUAUACCAAUUGUUUUAACACCAUGACCCGUGUUAGCUUAAUCAAUCAUCACCAUUCUGCUUGU